AUGCCGUUUGCGGCAGCCGCCAGGAGCAGAUACGGAUACCCCGCGGGGGCAAACGAAUGGCCGGCUGGGAGUAAUAAGCAGGCGUUGGCUGGGGCCGAGAAGGCGGAAAAGCGCAGUCAGAACCAUGAAGACCACGCCACGCCGCCGAAACGGCAUCGGGUCUCGCGAGCCUGCGACAGCUGCCGCUCCAAGAAGGACAAGUGCGAUGGGGUGCAGCCGGUGUGCUCGACCUGCGCCGCGCUGUGCCGCCCCUGCACCUACAAGACCAAUCCCAAGAAGCGAGGCCUGCCCACGGGCUACAUCCGCACCCUCGAGCUGCUGUGGGGGUUGAUUUUCUGCAAGAUCCAGGGCAGUGAGGAUGUCGUGCGGGCGCUGCUGCGGGCUGCCAACAUGCCCAGCCAUCUGGCAACGAUGGGGAAGGAGGCCGAAGGUUCCGAUACCCUGAUGUCCUCGUGGAAGAACAGUAGCGUGCUGAGGGAGAUCGAGCGGCUCUUAACCCUGUUGGAUCAACCGGAUGAGGAGGCAGAUAAGGCAGAUUCGCCGCGGGAGGCCGACGCUCGCAUCCUGCUGGCCCCCGAGGCCCUCGAGUGGCAGAUGCCAGAGGGGCUGGUCGUCAUGGCUGACCCUUCGGACCCUGCCAUGGUGAUGCCCGGGUACUCCCCGGGUAAAGCGUCGGUGAGAGCGAUGGCCACCCCGCGGGUGACGGCGGCGGCGGCGGCGGCGACGACGACGACAACGACGACGACAAUGAUGAUGAUGAUGACUCGCGACUCGAGCACACAGACCGACCCCUUGUUGGACCAGACCCCCAGCGGUGGGAUACGAGACCGACGCAGCACCCUAUCACAAUUACCAUCUGGUUCAACGUCAUCGGCGCCAUUGUUCACUGGCAUCCCAGAACCCCCCCCUUUACAACUACCACCAAACGCGUGGUCGCUCUUCGAUAUCUAUUUCUCAUACACGCAGUGUUGGUUUCCUAUUUUGGAGAAACAUGACAUUCUACGCACCGCAUACCGAUACGCUGAGGCUGACGUCCGCCUGCCCGCCGCCUCAGCCGGCUCUGGCGAUCACGCCGCCCUGUGGGCCGUUCUGACGCUGGCGUCUAUUCAGGAAACCUCCAUCCCAUCCAUCCGGCGGAGUACUACCACCACUACCGAUCAUCAACAACAACAGCAGCAGCAGCAGCAGAACGACCGGCCGGACCCGGCCCGUCUAUACACCAUCGCUCGGACGUUGGUGCCGCUGGAGACGGGCCCCUUUGAGAUCGGACAUGUGCAGGCGCUACUAGUUCUGUCUCUUGUAAAAUUUGGCCAGCAAGAAUGGACCACGGCGUGGAUCCUAGUUGGCCAUGCGGUGCGGAUCGCGCGCGCGCUGGAACUGGACCGCCCGGGGACAAAGAUGGCGCCCAAACCGGGCUCGGCCGGCGAGAGUCAGUCCGCGGGGCGAGCAAAGCAUGUGUUCUUCGGCUGCUUUAUACUGGAGACGCUGGUUGCAAUGCAGACGUCGCGGUUGCCGUCUCUCUCCAAGGAGGAUCUCGUGACGGUUGGUCCGCUCAAUGAAGACGGGCUGGACGAAUGGCACCCAUGGGAAGACCCGACAGGUCUGCGACCCGUGCAACCGGGGGCACGAGAACCGUCCUUCCAUCGGGGCCCUUUGCACGGCCUGAGCACUUUUAACCGGCUCGCGAAGCUGGUGGCGAUUUUCAACGAGCUGUGUUUUGUAAAACGGGACCCGACCCGAGUGCCCGCGCAGUUGGAAGGCCUGGAGCACCAGCUGCAGCUGUGGGCAGCGGCGCUGCCACGGAGUUAUCGGGUCGACUUGCAGAAACCCUCGGGGGGGUUGCCGGCACCGCACAUCUUCGGGCUGGAGAUGAUGUUUGAGAGCGUGAUGAGUGCCUUGAGCCUGGAGAUGGCCAUGUUACCGGAGCAGCCGCCACAGCAUCUGGAGACGGUGCACGCGCGUCGAGCGGUCGAGAGUUCACAACGCAUCCUGCAGCUACUACAGACAUACAUGGAGACGUACAGUCUGUCGGCCACAUCGCCCCUGUUUGGAACCAUUCUGAGCUUCUGCACGCGGCACGAUGCCGGGGGCCAGGCAACGUUAUUGGACUUUGCGCCGGGACUGAGCAGCAAGAUCCAAUCGUUCUCAUCCCAUCUAUCGAUUGUCUGGAGUUUUCCAGAGAUUACUAUCAUGCAGCACGCUUCAUACAGUCUCGGUGUAUCUUCCGCUACUGCUGCUGCUGCUGCUGCUGCUGCUGCUGCUGCUGCUGCUGCUGCCACCGCCGCGCCUGUUCCUCCGCAGAACUUUGAUAUCGACCAGAUCAUGGGUGUGCCUUCGCAGGCAUCGGAACCACUGAUACCCGGGUCAAUCCGGCAACCCGUGACGCCAAGCUCGUUCCUAAACCCAUGGGGGCGAGAGGAGUCGAUCCGGAUGACGCCGAUGGCUACCGGCUCGACUGGUGGGAUGCGGCCUUCGCUCUCGUCGCCCAAACCAACGCCCACGGCCAGCAAUGCGGGCACUAAUACCAGCACCACCAACAACCUGCUUGAAAUGACGCCCUUUCCGAACCAGUACGCCUACGACAUGAACCUGGGUCUGGUCGAGAUGGACGGCUACGGUCCGCGGCGGAAGAUCGCGCCGGACCUGGACGCACUUUUUGACGAGCUUGCCUCGCUCGAUGGACAAGACCGAACCGACAGUCACCCCGAGUUCAUGCAGAAUCUCGGGUUCGUGGCCGACGCCGGGAUGGAUCUGUACCCGUAUUCGCAGACCGAGCCAUUUCUUUUAGCCCAGACCCAAUUACGGCAGAGCAUCUCGCCGAAAUAA